AUGACAGGAAUCCCUGCUAUUAAUUGGGUGUAUGCUAAUGGACUUGGUGAAAGAGACCCUGCUUCAAUCACAGACCAUGAUGUACUGACUUCAAUAGAGUUUGACAGAACUGGGGAAUUCCUUAGUGUAGGGGAUAAAGGAGGAAGAGUCAUUGUUUUUAAAUAGAAUAAGAUCCAAGAAGAAAAGCAGAGUUAGCGACUUUGAAUACUUCACUGAGUUCCAGUCUCAUGAGCCUGGAUUUGAUUACUUGAAGUCAGCAGAGAUUGAAGAAAAGAUUAACUCGAUUGAAUGGAUCAAUAAUAAGUGUAGCAGUCUACAGCUUCUCUCAGCUAAUGACAAGACCAUAAAGCUUUGGAGACUUUUUUACAAUAAGAAAAAGAAAUAUCAGUCAUGCGAGAAGCUCUCUGCCAAAUCAGGAGAUAUUGUCUUUCCUAAAUCAGAAGUAGUGGAAGAAGACUGGGAUGCUAUGUGUAGAAAAGAAUUCAGCAAUGCUCAUAAUUAUCACAUCAACUCUGUAUCUCUUUCAGCAGAUGGUGAGCAUUUCUUGUCAGCAGACGACUUAAGGGUAAAUAUCUGGAACAUUGAAAAUACAAAGACGACAUUUAGUAUUGUUGAUAUCAAGCCUCCAAAUAUCGAUGACUUAAAUGAAGUUAUCACUCAUGCUGAGUUCCAUCCAUCUAACUCUGAUAUGUUCCUAUUUACAUCUUCAAAAGGAUGAGCUCACUUAUGAGAUCCGAGAGAAAACACUAGUUUUGAGAAAUGAGCCACCAAGUUCGAAAUCACAAUUGACCCUGCCAAGAAGCACUUCUUCUCAGAAAUCAUCAGCUCCAUCUCUUCAGCCACCUUCCUCCCCAACAAAGACAACUACUUCGUGACUAGAGAUUACCUUUCAGUCAAACUCUGGGACAUCAGAAGCAAUGCCAAAUACGUCAAGACCAUCAACGUGACCGACUAUGUCGAGAAGAAGCUCUGCGACCUGUACGAGAAUGAAAGCGUCUUCGACAAGUUCGAAGUGAAUGCAUCUCCUUGUGGUAACUACUUGCUCACUGGGUCUUACAACAACAACGCCCACGUUAUUGAUAUCGAAGGAACCAACAACUCGACAGUUGAGUCGGUCUUCGGUAACAAGAGAGGCAAGCUCUCUUCCAAAGUCAGGAAGUACAAUGGCAAGAAGAUUCCAUCAUUGGGUGAAGGCACUCCCGACCUUAAGAAGAAGUCUCUUCUCAAUGCUUACCACCCGAGCGAGAACGUGGUUGCGGUGGCCAACCACAAUUGCAUAUUCAUCUUCAACCAGGAAAGGAAGCUUAAUAAGCAUUAG